UUGAAGCGGCUCUCGUGUGGUUACCGAAGCCGUUAUUCAUGGAGACAUAAAGAAGCAGAACCAAGGCUGGUGUUUUUGUUUUUUGUUUUUUAAAUCCUGACAGAAAUCAACAGGGUGGGAGCCGCUGUCUCUCCGACGAUGUUUCUUUUUUCUCUCUCUCUUUCUCUCUUCCAGCAGCGUUGAUGACAGCUAAGGAAAAGAAAAAAAAAAGAGGAUGGACUGACUUUCUUCUCUCCGUAUGAAGGAUUUCGGGGCCCAAAAAUCCAAACCAAGCCUCAUGUCCAGCUGUGACAUGAACGACGCGGAGUUGUGAAUAUGUCGUGGCUUUCCUGGAGAUGCAGCCUGUGCUGUGAGCUCUGAGAAACAUCCAGAGUUUAAAAAAACAAACAAAAAAAAAACGCUCAUUUAGCUCAUUUUCUCGGAACAAAGCUGGUGAAUGACCGAUAGGCACAGCUUUGUUUGUGUGGACAGACCCGGACAGAAUUACCCCAGUCUGGGGGUAACAAGAGGAAGAAAGUGGGAGGGAGAUAAUGAAAACAGAAAACUACAAAUGGAUGAGGAGGAGUCAUCUAUCAGCAGCAAUCCCUGAAUCCAGGAAACCAACUCUGGCUGACUCUGAUGGGACUGGAUGCGUGUGAGAUACGGGAUGAGUUUUGUUGUGCUGUUUUUGGGCUUGUCGAUGGAUUCGCCUGUUAGCACGGCCCUGUGGGGCAGCGGUGGCAGCAACUACACGGCCGACAACUCCGGGCCGAGCUUCACCAACCAGCUGGGCACUGCCUCACCUGUUGCACCGAGGAUAGUUUCCAUAGUGACCAGCCUUGUGACCUCCACCACAGAGGCCACAGUGGGAACCACAGGAAACCUAUCGGCUUUCAGAGACCAAAGAGGGAGUGAGCUCAGUCAAACCCACCAGGCGUCGACCCCAUCGGUGCUGAGCGCCGCUGAGAGUAACUCUGUCCUGCAGGGCAUCACAGUGGCAGCUCAGGCCCUGGUACUCCUCUCCAUCUUCCUCCUCUCCAGCCUCGGUAACUCGGCGGUCGUCAUUGUCAUCAUCAAACACAGACAGCUUCGAACGGUGACCAAUGCUUUCAUCAUGUCGCUGUCGCUGUCUGACUUCCUCACAGCCGUCCUGUGUCUGCCGUUCUCCUUUGUCAUGCUCUUCAGUAAGGAUGGUAUCUGGAUGUUCGGGGAUCAUUUCUGUGUGGCCAACGGCUUUUUCAACACCUGCUUUGGUAUCAUUUCCACCCUGACUAUGACUUUGAUCUCCUUUGACAGGUACUACGCCAUAGUUAGACAGCCACAGGCGAAAAUAGGCCGCCAGAAAGCAACUCAGCUGUUGAUAGCUGUCUGGCUAACUGCUGUCGUUUUCUCUUUACCUUGGUAUCUGUUAGUCCGGACACCUGCAGAAAUCCAUAAGCGAGGUUUCUACCACUGUAUGUAUGUGUUCCACUCUGGGACCUCACGCAUGGGGACAGCUUAUAGCAUCUGCCUUAUCGUUGUUUGUUAUUUACUGCCCUUCUCCCUCAUGUGUUUUUGUCAUUACAACAUCUGUAAGACAGUGCGGCUUUCAGAGAUCCGAGUCAGACCGGUGACCACGUACGCAUACUUGCUGCGAUUUUACAGUGAAAUGCGAACAGCCACCACCGUUCUGAUAAUGAUUGUUUUCAUCAUUUUUUGUUGGGGGCCAUAUUGUGUAAUGGGGUUGGUAACAGCCAUGGGAGACUACACCUUCAACCCUGCAAUGGACACGGUAGCCAUCUGGCUAGCCUGGGCAAAUGGAGCCAUCAACCCUCUGAUCUACGCCCUGAGGAACCCCAAUAUAUCCAUGCUGCUGGGACGGAGCAGAGAGGAGGGCUAUCGGACCAGAAACAUUGCCGCGUACCUCUCCAGCCAAACCCAGAACCGCGAGAUCCGGCUUAACCAAGCAGAGAGGAUAAGGGACCGCUACGUGAGUCGCGUAGGGGUGAAUAACAACAGCCGGCUGUCGAGUUCAAGUCCCGGAAAAGGAGGAGAGGUAGCAAUGUGGGCCUGUAAAAACCCUGCUGUGUUUUUCUGCAGGGACGCCCACCCUGACACUGCAGCACCACCCAACUCUGUCAGCACUCGUAAAAUGAAGACAGCUGACACCAGUCUGUGACGCUUUGGAACAAUUCUUCACCAUCUAAUAGUUGUUUUCAUCUUACCUGUAUUUAUUCUUAUGGAUGUAGAGGCUUCUGUCACCAGACUUUUUUUGGGAACACCUUCUAGUAUUUCUGUCUUAUCACAUCUCAGAAUCUCAACAAUGUUGAUGAUCCAGGCCAGAUUUUGUUCCAGGAAUCAAACGGAUCAUGAGUUGCUCAUACAGUACUACUCGGUUGCAGAACUGUUCACACUUUCUGAUAUUCCUUCCUUAAAUUGAAGGAUGCCAUGUCCUCUCAAGGAUCCACACGACCACCUGAAGAACCCCUGGAACCGCCCCACCACCACCACCGCCUCAGUGAUUAAGCAGUGAUUAAGAUUUCUGUAGAGGACCAUGAUGAGUUUGUGUUUGCGCGGCACAGAUCCUCAUGCCAGACAUAAUUUCAUAUGUAGAUGCAGCAUGUGAAUAUGGAAAACCGAAAAGGAUCUAGCAUUUCCUUAAUCCUAAACCUUCCACGCUUAGAACAUAUGUGUACUGUACGUGUCAUUUUCAGACUGUCCUCACCAGAAAAACGACACCAUUGGCGAUUUGUUUAAAAGCUUAAAAUAACCUAAAGUUUCACCUUCCUUACAAGCAGCCUCUUGCUGUCAUGUGAAU